AUGCAGACCUUCUGCGAUGCGGAUGAGGGCAGCGGAAGGUUGAGCUUCAGCCAGUUAGAAGGUGUGAUGCUGCGAGACUUGAAGUUGCCACUGCCCCGGGAACGACUUCAAGAAUUGUUUGGGCAGCCCAGACACCGUGAAGAUUUCGAAGAUUUCUCGUUAUCCGAUCAGACAGAAGUUCUAACGCAGCUACAACACAUCUUCGGGAUUAUUCCAGUGAUACAACUGUUGUUUCAGAGAAAUUUGAUCUAA